CACAUCAGAGGACUCGUGUAGAAGAGAAGACAUGGCCGUUAUAAUGGGCAAUUACAGUUUCCUUUUUCUUGGAGUUAGCCUCUUCAUUGCUGUUUUUACCUACAUCAUGUACAAGAUGCUGAGCGGUUAUCUGCACAAAUGGUUUCUGAUGAAGCCCAUUCCAGGGACACGAAGCACUUACCUCUUCCUUGGAGAUGCACUGAUGUUCAAACCCAAUGCAGGAGAGUUCUUCCGUCAAAUUGUGGACUACACACAAGAGUUCAGAGAUGCGCCACUGUUCAAACUCUGGGUUGGAACGGUUCCUUUUGUUGCUCUCUUUCAUGCUGAAACAGUUGAGAAAGUUCUGAGUAACCCCAUUCACUUGGACAAGUCCUUUGCAUAUAAAUUUCUCCAUCCGUGGCUUGGGACUGGCCUUCUCACCAGCACUGGGCAGAAGUGGCGGCAGAGAAGAAAAAUAUUGACGCCAACCUUCCAUUUCUCCAUCCUGACGGACUUCUUGCAAGUGAUGAACGAGCAGGCAGAGAUUCUCGUGGAAAAGCUGGAGAAGAAGACCGGGACGGGUCCAUUCAACUGCUUCAGUGACAUCACCCUCUGUGCACUGGACAUCAUAUGUGAAACUGCUAUGGGGAAAAAAAUACAUGCACAGAGUGAUUCUGAGUCCGAGUAUGUGAAGUGUGUGUACAGAAUGAGUGACAUCGUCAGCCACAGGCAGAGGACACCGUGGUUCUGGCCUGACUUCAUGUACUACAUUUUCGGUCAGGGUAAAGAGCACGACAAGACGCUCAAGGUCCUCCAUUCCUUCACACAGAAAGUGAUACGUGAAAGGUCAGAGAACAUGUCGUACAGUGAAGCAGACAUUGACUCUGACCAGGGCCAGAAGAAAAGACAGGCCUUUCUGGACAUGCUCCUAAAGACCACAGAUGAAGACGGCAAUAGGUUGAGCUAUCAGGACAUUCAGGAGGAGGUGGACACCUUCAUGUUUGAGGGACAUGAUACCACAGCUGCUGCUAUGAACUGGGCUCUGCACCUUCUGGGCUCCCACCCUGAGGCGCAACAGAAAGUUCAAGAAGAGCUACAGGAAGUGUUCGGUACAUCUUGUCGACCCAUCACCACAGAAGACCUGACGAAGCUCAAGUACCUGGGCUGUGUGAUUAAAGAGGCUCUGCGACUGUUCCCCUCCGUGCCUUUCUUUGCUCGAAGUCUCUGUGAUGACUGCCAUAUCAAUGGUUUCAAGGUUCCCAAAGGUGCAAAUGCGAUCAUAAUCACCUACGCUCUUCACCGUGACCCUCGAUACUUCCCGGAGCCAGAGGAGUUCAGACCGGAGCGGUUUUUCCCAGAGAAUUCAGUUGGAAGGCCUCCGUAUGCAUACGUUCCAUUCUCAGCUGGACUCCGCAACUGUAUAGGCCAGCGUUUUGCACAAAUGGAGGAAAAGGUGGUUCUGGCGUCCAUCCUGCGUAACUUCAGCGUUGAAGCUUGUCAGAAACGUGAAGAGCUGUGUCCAGUCGGAGAGCUCAUCCUACGACCGGAGCAGGGCAUUCGGAUCAAACUGGAAAAGAGGAUGUCUUCAUAAAAGUCACCACUUGCGCACUUAAAAAAAGGCUUUUAGGGAGUCAGGAGUCCAAACCAUAUAAACCACAAUAUUUUUAGUUUAAAAAAGUAGUAAUGCUGUACUAGUGUUUGGUAAAUGCUGUUUAUGUUUGAGAUUCUUUUAGAAAUGAAAUAACUACAGUUUUUUGUAUUAUAGAGUUGUAUUUUAAUGGAGAAAUGACUGAAAAGAUUGUUUUAAACAUGAGAUUUGAGUUCUGUUGUGACACAUAAUCUUUAACUUGAUUCAAUUUUUAUUUAAACAGAUAAAUCACAUUGAGCCUCAAAGACUCAUUUACAAGUGAGACCUGU